AUUCAUGGUGGCGCACCAGCCGGAAAGUCGCGCUUGCUCUUCGCCUGGCUCCACCGGCGAUGAAAAGUUCGCCCGCGAGCGAAAAGGUGUCAACGUUGUCAGAACGCAGUGGAAAACCGGAUGCAAAAUCGAACUCUGUGCGUGGAUGCAUUUCCAAGCUGUUAAUUUCUAAGGCAAAACACUGUGUGUGCAGUUGGUGGAUAUGCCAGAUACAGAUGACUAUUCAAAUCCAGAUCGGAGAGAAGCCACAAUAAAGCCCGGGCGAGAAAUCAAACGAUCGGCAGCACAACAAGCACUCAACGCACAUUAACGCAAAACGGUUCGCAUUAACACUGAGCGCCAAGUUAAAAAAUACAAAACAUCAAGAAUAAUACAAUUUAAAGACAUGGAUACAAAGGCAACUACUAAACGGGCCGAAAUUGAACAGUUUUUGUUGGAUGUCCGCGCCCAUUUCCGAGCCUCGCUGGAGACCUCGGAGUACGAAAACGCCUCGAACCUCUUCCACAUGACCGCCGCCGAGCAGACCGCCUCACUCCUGGCCCGCUGCGAGCUUCUACUGGCUGCAUCUGGGUCGGGAUCCGGAUUGGGAUGCGCAGACGAGCAGGCGGCAGCAAGCCACAACCACCGGAGCAGCCUGGCCGACUGCGUCGACAGCAAGGUGGGCGCGGAGACCGGUCCCAGCGGCUAUCUGGAGAUGCUCGCCUCCCCGUCCUCCUCGAAAAAUUCGCUGUCCGCCUCGCGGGAAUACAUUGAUCUGGGCAGCAGCGGUUCCCUGGAUCGCUGCUCCGUCAACCAACCGGUUCCGGGUUCCUCGGACAAGGAGCCACAUCAGCAGCUCUACGAGAUCUGCCAGGGUCAGGGAACGGGUCAGGACGAGGACGAGGCCCAGCAGGCGAUCACCUUCACCCACGAGCUGAUCAUCGACUGUCCGUACGCGGACCUGCCCGCUGGCCACCUGUCCCUGCAGCGGUCCACCAAGUACGGACAGCUGCAGCGGAUCGUUCCAAAGCGGCUGUUCUUCGACCAGACCCGCAAGUGCUACUGCGGCAUCCUUAACGACUGGAUGCUGUGCUAUGCAGAUGGACCGACCGCCUGUCGACCCAGCAGCACCCUCUACCUGAAGUGCUCCUCCAUCGAGAUCGAGCAUUUUGGCGAGGGAAAGCGGCGCGACAUCUGCUUCCAGAUCACCACAGACGACCCCAACAAGAAGUUCGUGUACCAGGCCAACAACGAAGUCGAUGCCAAAGAGUGGAUACACGCCAUCGAGGCGGCCAUCCGCGGAGAUGCCGUGGCGCAUCAGGCCCUAAAGAGCCCACCGCCCCGGAAAUUGCCCACUCCGCCGGUCCAGAAGAAGUCCACAUAUACAGCCACGGAUAUUAUAUACGAGGAACCCUCGCCCAUUUACGGUCUCAUGGACUCCUCGACCAUGGUGCUGCCUAAGCUGCCGGAGAAGAACAACAGUCCAAACGCCCUGGCCCGACGCUUCGAGUACGAUGUACCCAAGUGUCCUGCCCAGCCGCUGCAGGAAGCCUCCGCCGGAGUCGCCUCCGUGGGUGGGGAACUGGAAUCCCUGGAGCUAACCAACGGGGAAGAGAUCAAGGUGCAACCACUGCCUUCCCGCCUGCAUGGAAACAUUUCGUUGGACUUCCAGGCCAAGGUGAAAACCGUGCACAGUGAGCUCUCCACCCAGCUGUCAGCGGGCGGAUCCAAUCCAGAUCGUCUGAAGAAGGCCGUGAAGAAGACCUACACGAAUGGCAACGAACCGGAAAUGCUCUCCCCGCUGACCAGUCCCCUACAAACGCCCACCAAGGAGCAGAAGAAGCAGCGCAAGUCGACAACCACGCCGCAGUCAAGUCCGGGUAGCAAGGACUGUGAUAAGGAUAAGCUGGCCCGGAACUGGUUCCUCAGUCGCCUGAACAAGAGCACCAAGUCGCUGAACUCAGUCAAUGGAUCACCGAACAAUGCCAAGUGCAAGCAGAGCGAGAAGGAGAACCUGCUGACGGACGCCGAACUGGGCGAGGGUUACGAUGCGAGUCCGGGUGAUCGGGAUCCCGGCCUGCCGGGCAGCCAGCCCACGUCGCCGUGCCUGAAGGCAGAUGCCAAGAGCAAGGUGAACAUGAUCAUCAACCAGUUCGAGAGCAGCGGCCACCUGUCCACCAUGUUCAGCGUGGAGGCGCUGGCCGCCAAUGCACUCGCCUCGCUGACAUCCUUCUGCGAAAGCGAUGGCUACAACAACUACGAGCCCAUCAUGCCCCUGUCCACCACACCCAGCAGCUUCCUGAAGAAGGUGUAGACUCCCGUUCAUCCGUCAUCCGCUAUCCAACAUCCGACAUCCUGGAGAGCUCGUUCGUCUCUGUAUUUUAGAUUUAAUCCUUAGGCUAGUGAAAACCACUCUCCGGGUGUCACAUAAACUUUGACAUAAAAUUUUAAUAUCAAAACAUAA